GGUCUUCCAUCCCAAGCGGCGUAUUUAGAGAGUGUGAUCAUCUCUUGGAAAGUUAGUGUUCGACGAGAGACCCGACAGACGACCGAGAAGAACCUCUGCUUCGGCCGAGAAAAACUUCUGAUUCUUUUAUUGUUCGAGAGCUCGAAACACAAAAAGCGUUCCUCAUGCCUGCAGUAUUCCCGGGGGAUUAUGUAUCGGGAGUAAGAUCUACAUACACGGGAUGGUACCCAAGGAUUCGACCAGGUUCGCCAUUAAUCUCCAGAGGGGUGCUGACCCGGAGCACGCCGACUUACACCUUCACCUCUGUGCCCAUUUGGGAGGAACUCCCGUGGUGGUACGGAACUCGAGACUACGGGGGGAUUGGGGCGUGGAGGAGCGGCUCGAUGGACCGUUUCCGUUCCCCGUCGCCCCUCGGACAUUCCUACUCGUCAUCACUGCCUACAUGGACAGCUACGAGGUCGAGAUUAAUGGAUCUUCCAACUUCUCGUUCAAAGUACGAGAUGGAUUGCCGAUAUCUUCCGUCACCCACCUGGCGAUCGAGGCUGGGCUCUUCAUUCGGGCGAUACACGCACCAGUGGAGAGUAUGCCGAGGAAAUUACGUCUAAGCUUGGGAAGUGGAGUGAAAGUGGGCGAUAUGUUUUCUAUCAAAGGGGAGCCCACAGAAGACGCUAAAAGUUUCGUCGUCAACUGGCAGACUGGACCUGGAAAGUUCGACGAUGUUCUCUUCCUGUUGAAUCCUCAGCUGGAAGAGGACCGCGUCGUUAUGAAUUGUAGACUGGACGAUGAGUGGGCCAAGGAAGAAACAUCUUCAGAUUGCCCCUUCAGCCCUGGUAAGCCUUUUCAUCUGGCAGUGGGCGUAUCCUCCCUUGGGUUUGACACUCUACUAGAUGGAAAAGAGUGGUUGAAUUUUAGACACAAGCACGAAGUAAGCAAUGCGAAAACUUUAUUCAUUGAAGGAGAUCUGCAACCAACAGAUAUCUGGAUAGAUUGUGCCCAGCUUAAUGCUUCGGGAAUUGUAAAUGGUGUCAUUAAAAGAGGAGUGCGUCUGCAGCUUAUAUGCCCGGAAUUACCUUUAACUUCCCGGAUAACAGGAGGAUUUGAGAAAGGAUGUCUUUUCCUUAUCUCUGGAAGAAUCAACACUCAACCUUUAAAGUUGCAGAUGAAUGUUCAGUGUGGAGAAGGAUCUGAAGAUUGUGAUAUCGCUUUGUGCUUCGAUGUUCUGUGGAAGGACGACACUCCAAAAAUUACUCUGAACUCUAGGGAAGAAAACUCUUGGGGACAGGAAGUGUCAGCUACAGUUGUCGAAGGUCUUGCUGCUGGUCGUCCUUUUGAUCUCCUCGUCGCCCGGACGGAAGAUCGCUUUCAGUGUUUUUUGGAUGGACUUGAACUCGCUCACCUGCCAUAUCGUGUGGAAGACCCACUCCCGGAUCAUAUAACACUCUCUGGGGAUCUAGAGACAUAUAGGCUUUUGCUACUUUGAUCUCCGUUCGAGCGAUGACGAUUAUAUUUGCUGUUUGGUGCUAAGAUAUCUGAUCUUUCUCUCUAUCUGUCGCUCUAACCAUCUGAGAAAAAUAUGAAUUUCUCUGUAUUUCACAAACUGAAAUAUCAAAAGAUACUCUGCUUAUUAACUUACUAUUUCUUCUGCAUAUAUUUUUUUUUGGGGGGGGGAGACUUCAUCUUUAAAUCUUUAAAAUCUCAGCGUAUGUGAAAAUGGAGCACAUGCAUUCUCCCUUUUGUGGAUAGUAUUUGAGCACCAUUCAGCAGAAUAAUCCAGCUCACAAAAAGUUGUAAAAACUUUGUCUUACGUAGUGUUUGUAGUUGUUUUCCCUCAGCUUUUAGAGCUGUUCUUCUGGGUGUUUUGAUUUUCUGAUGUACAGAGUGCGUGUAAAAUAAUGCAAUAUUGAAAAAUAAAUAAAUUUUUAUUCACUUC